GUCUUGGCAUGGUCACACCUAUUAAUGACCUUCCUGGUGCAGAUACAUCGUCAUAUGUGAAGGGAGAAAAGCUUACUCGCUGCAAGCUGGCCAGUCUGUACAGACUUACAGAUUUGUUUGGAUGGGCACACCUGGCAAAUACAUACAUCUCAGUUCGAAUAAGUAAGGAGCAAGACCACAUUAUAAUAAUUCCCAGAGGCCUCUCUUUUUCUGAAGCGACAGCCUCCACUUUGGUAAAAGUCAAUAUAAUAGGAGAAGUGGUUGACCAGGGAAGUACUAAUUUGAAGAUUGACCAUACAGGAUUCAGUCCCCAUGCUGCAAUCUAUUCAACACGUCCUGAUGUGAAGUGUGUAAUACACAUUCAUACCCUUGCUACUGCAGCUGUGUCCUCCAUGAAGUGUGGGAUCCUUCCAAUUUCCCAAGAGUCUCUUAUCCUGGGAGAUGUAGCCUAUUAUGACUACCAGGGGUCACUUGAUGAAGAGGAGGAAAGAAUUGAACUUCAGAAAGUUCUGGGUCCAAGCUGUAAGGUGCUGGUGCUGAGGAACCAUGGAGUGGUAGCACUUGGAGAGACACUUGAGGAAGCUUUCCAUUACAUCUUUAAUGUGCAGAUGGCCUGUGAGAUUCAGGUGCAGGCAAUAGCAGGGGCAGGGGGAGUAGACAAUCUGCUCAUACUGGAUCUUCAGAAGUAUAAAGCUUUCACCCAUGGUGUAGCCGUGUCUGGAGGAGGUGGUGUGAAUAUGGGUUCCCAUCAGAAAUGGAAGAUUGGCGAGAUUGAGUUUGAAGGACUGAUGAGGACUCUGGACAAUUUGGGCUACCGAACAGGCUAUGCAUACAGGCACCCUCUGGUUCGAGAGAAGCCUCGGCACAAGAGUGAUGUGGAAAUCCCAGCAACUGUGACUGCCUUCUCCUUUGAGGACGACACUGUGCCGCUCUCUCCCCUCAAGUACAUGGCACAGAGGCAACAGCGUGAAAAAACACGAUGGCUGAACUCACCAAAUACUUACAUGAAAGUGAAUGUGCCGGAGGAGUCUCGGAAUGGGGAGACGAGUCCCAGGACCAAAAUCACGUGGAUGAAAGCAGAAGACUCCUCUAAAGUUAGUAGUGGAACACCUAUCAAAAUUGAAGAUCCCAAUCAGUUUGUUCCUUUAAACACGAACCCAACUGAGGUGCUGGAAAAGAGAAAUAAGAUUCGGGAACAGAACCGAUACGACCUGAAGACAGCAGGACCACAGUCUCAGCUGCUCGCAGGAAUUGUUGUGGACAAGCCUCCUUCUACCAUGCAAUUUGAAGAUGAUGAUCAGGGCCCACCAGCUCCUCCUAACCCAUUCAGUCAUCUCACAGAAGGGGACCUUGAAGAAUACACGAAGACAAUCGAAAGAAAGCAACGAGGCCUGGACGACGCUGAGCAGGAGUCACUCUCAGAUGAUGCAGCAUCUGUUUCACAAAUUCAGUCUCAGACUCAAUCACCGCAAAAUGUCCCUGAAAAAUUGGAAGAAAACCAUGAGCUGUUUUCCAAGAGCUUCACUUCCAUGGACGUGCCUGUCAUGAUUGUGAACGGCAAGGAUGAGAUGCACGAUGCUGAAGAUGAGCUUGCUCAGCGGGUCAGUAGGUUAACCACAAGCUCGACCAUAGAGAGCAUCGAGAUCACCAUUAAGUCUCCAGAGAGAACCCAAGAGGUCAUGUCACCUGAUGGCUCGCCUUCAAAGUCACCAUCCAAGAAAAAGAAGAAAUUCCGCACACCUUCUUUUCUCAAAAAGAGCAAAAAAAAGGAGAAAGUUGAGGCCUAAGUAGUCUUUUUGUAAUUUGUAUAUUACAAUGUGACAUUGCACAAUUAAAUACCACAUUUUAGUUCAUCGUUCAUAUACAGUGGUAGAUCGGAUUGGGGUAUGUAGCAAACUGGACUUAAAAAACUGGAAAGAGGUUUUACUAAAAGAAAAACAUUAUGGAAAACUUUGAAAUUCAUCUCUUUUUAUAUGUCCAAACAUGGCUUUGAACUUUUAAACAGUUGCUAGUUUUACUUAGCUCUACCCUCAUGAAGUAUCUUUGCUGUUGAUCACUGACAGACACCUGUUAUUUCAG